UAGAGGGAGGGUUUAGACUUGUAGACUCAGACGCAAAUUACACACGAGAUGUGCGGAAUCGCCCUAAUCAUCUCCGGUGUUCGUGUCGAUUUAUCGCAUAUUCUUCCAGAUGCAACCGAUUAUUAUUAUUAUUCACCUCAUUCUCAACAAUCGGAAACUACAUUGUUUUCUGUAGAUGAUAUCAAGGCAGCUCUGAGGAAAAGAGGCCCUGAUAGUUUAGGAAGCAAGUCUAUAUCACUUCAUGUUCAUGAUGGAAGGAUUAUUCGAUCUUCGGUGGAGGAAGAAGAACCAACUAUAUUAUCCAAAUCAAACGUUGAUAUUGAUUUGAAUAAUGGUUUAGUUGGAAAUUUUUUAUUUGUUGGUGCUACAUUGCAAUUAAGAGGAGUACAUCCAAUCACACAACCUUUGGUGGACAAAUCUGGGAAUAUUCUUGUCUAUAAUGGUGAAGUGUUUGGAGGAAUUGAGAUCGUUAACGAUAGCAAUGAUGCUGAAGUUCUCAUUGAGUCCUUAAGUAAAUGCUGCAACUGCCUUUCUUGUCAACAUGACGCUGCAUGUUCUCCUGGGAAGUACUCUGUUCCUGAAUUUCUUUCGAAAAUCAAGGGGCCUUGGGCUUUAAUCUACUGGCAGGAGAGCUCAAAGACAAUAUGGUUUGGUAGAGAUGCACUUGGAAGGCGAAGUCUUCUAAUUCAUCGGCCAAAUAUAAAAGACUCCCGACUCAUGCUUUCUUCUGUAUCACCACCUUACGCUCUUCAUGCCGUUACAGAUUUUGGAUCUGAAAAUGGACCCGGUGAACCAAGCUUUUGGGAAGAGCUUCCAUGUGGAGUUUACAGCUUGUCCAUGAAUGCUUCAAAAAUGAAUGGAAAUUGGGUGUGUGAAGUUAAAAGACAUGAUUGGCUUGAUCCGUUGCUGCAAGAACUGAUUAAGUGGGAUAGAUCUCUCGUGGAACCCACACCUGAUGUUUUAAGUGAUGUUUAUAAAACGUGUUCUAAUGAGCAAGAGCAACGGGCGAAAUUGCAUCAGGAAGUUCUCUCUGCGCUUAAAGAAUCUGUGAGACGACGCACAAUAUUUUCAGGAGUCCACCAGGGCAAUUCUCCAGUGGCUGUACUUUUUUCUGGUGGCUUAGAUUCGAUGAUUCUUGCAGCAUUGCUGGAUCAGUGCUUAGAUCCAAAAUAUGAAAUUGAUUUGUUGAAUGUGAGUUUUGAUGGUCAGUUAGCUCCUGACAGAAUCUCUGCUAGGGCAGGUGUGAACGAGCUUAGAAAAAUUGCCCCCUUGAGAAGAUGGAAUCUGGUAGAGAUAGAUGCAGAAUUGUCAAAAUUGACUCCGGAGACACCACAUGUCAUGUCGCUUAUCAAUCCCUCGAAUACAUACAUGGACCUUAAUAUUGGAAUCGCCUUGUGGUUGGCAGCUGGCGGUGAUGGGUGGGUGAGUGAAGAAAUUGGGACGGAUAGUAAUAACCAUUCAGAAUGCCAGCGUAUUAAGUACAAGUCUGAAUCCAGAAUUUUGUUGGUCGGUUCUGGUGCAGAUGAGCAAUGUGCUGGUUACGGCCGCCAUAAAACUAAGUACAAAAAAAGCAGUUGGGCUGGGCUAAAUGAAGAAAUGAAAUUAGAUAUGCAGAGAAUAUGGAAGAGGAACCUAGGUAGAGAUGAUAGAUGCAUUGCUGAUAAUGGCAAAGAGGCAAGAUUUCCUUUUCUAGAUGAGGAUGUAAUAAGGAUACUGCUCGAUAUUCCACUAUGGGAAAUUGCUGACCUUCGCCAACCAAGUGGAGUUGGUGAUAAAAAAAUAUUGCGUGAGGUUGCAAGAAUGCUUCACUUGCAAGAAGCAGCUGUUCUACCUAAAAGAGCUAUACAGUUCGGUUCUAGAAUCGCUAGGGAAUCAAACCGCAAGAAUUUUGGAAGUAACCGGGCUGCAAAUCAAGCUUCUGCUGGAAGUGCACUCUUUAACCCGCUCUGAUUAUGCAUUGAAAAGAGUUUGGAUGGUAACUUAUAGAUGACAUUUUCAUUUGAUGUAUGCAAUUGAACUUUUUGGCUUAAUUUGAAACUUCGGUAUAACUGCAGGGACUAUAUAUAAUUUACUGUUUUAUGGAACAUGUUAGAUGUACUUGUGUACUUUUGGAAUCUUUGCUCAUAUGAGUUUUAUCUUCUCGUUUUUCUUAAA